AUGAGACAUGUCAAUCACGUUCUACUAGGCGUCUUCUUCAUAGAUGGCCCAGGUGGAACAAGGAAAACAUUCCUAUACAAAGCAUUACUCGCAAAAGUUCGAUCACAUGGCCACAUUGCACUCGCGACUGCUUCUUCAGGCGCUGCAGCAAACAACAUGCCAGGUGGGAGAACAACACACUCAAGAUUCAAGAUCCUAACUAAACUAGACAACAACUCGAUGUGCGGCAUAGUAAAACAAGGUGCACGUGCACAACUUAUCAGGUUAGCAAAACUAAUCAUCUGGGAUGAAGCAUUUAUGGCGACACGACAGUCUAUUGUAGCCAUUGACAGGACCUUCCAAGACAUAACAGGCGUUAACCUCCCAUUCGGAGGAAAGAUAAUGGUAAUGGGAGGUGAUUUUAGGCAAGUCCUACCAGUAAUUAGAGGAGGCAAACGAGCGCAAAUCGUAGACACCAGCCUAUGCAUGUCACCUCUUUGGUCCUUAACUAAGAAAAUAUGCCUCUCCAUAAACAUGAGAGCGCAUACUGAUUCGUGGUUCUCGGAAUUCCUUUUACGAGUCGGCAAUGGAAUUGAGGAGACCAUAGAUGGAAACCAAAUCCGCAUCCCCGACGACAUGACAAUCCCAUUCACCACAAAGGAAAAUACCAUCAAACAACUCAUUCAAGCCAUUUUCCCCUCCCUCAACGCAAAUGCCUAG